AUGCUUCUGGUCACCGGCAGAUCCAAGGGCUAUGGUUUUGUUACUUUUAAGGAUGUCGAGGCGGCUAGAAAGGCUUGUGAGGAUGCCACGCCGAUCAUCAACGGCCGUCGUGCCAACUGCAAUCUGGCGGCGCUUGGUGCCCGCCGCCCUAGGUCCGCCUCUGCGAAGCCUCCCCAGCAAGGGGUUAAUGUUGGACCAAGGGCUACUUCAACAGCACCUGCGAAUCACGUGCAAUGGUACCAUCCAGCUGGAGCACCUACUCCUCUCCCGUUUCAUCACCAGCAGCACCAUCAAGCUUUUCCUGUUUAUGGGUAUUCUCCAACAUAUAUUGCCACAUACAUGAAUUACAAUCAUAAACAUGGGCAUUUUUCUCAAGUAUAUCCAGCACAGCCCAUGAUGAACUCAAAUGCAGUGAUGCCUAUGUACCCUCUCUACCACUUUCAUCAGUCACACGCAAUGGGCCUUCCAGCCCACAUUUACUCACCAACUUCAGCUGGCCCAAUUCCGACAGUUCCGGCCUUGAUUUCAAAGCCCCCAUCUCUUGCUGCUCCUCAUUCAGUUUGCUUGGCUGUGGAAUAA